AUGCGCGCCCGCCGGGGGCUGCGGCGGCUGCCGCGCCGCUCGCUGCUGGCCGCGCUCUUCUUCUUCUCGCUGUCGUCCUCGCUGCUCUACUUCGUCUAUGUGGCGCCCGGCAUAGUGAACACCUACCUCUUCAUGGUGCAGGCCCAAGGCAUUCUGCUGCGGGACAACGUGAGGACCAUCGGUGCUCAGGUGUACGAGCAGGUGGUUCGCAGUGCCUAUGCCAGGAGGAACAGCAGCCUCAACGACUCAGAUUACCCUCUUGACUUGAACCACAGCGAGAUCUCCCCUCCAACCACGACCUUUCUUCCUGAAGACUUCACCUACUUUGCAAACCAUCCCUGCCCCGAGAGGCUCCCUUCCAUGAAGGGCCCCAUCGAUGUAAACAUGAGUGAGAUCGGAAUGGACAGCAUCCAUGAGCUCUUCUCCAGAGACCCCACCAUCAAGCUUGGGGGCCACUGGAGGCCUUCCGACUGCGUGCCCCGGUGGAAGGUGGCCAUCCUUAUCCCCUUCCGGAACCGCCACGAGCACCUGCCAGUCCUGCUCAGACACCUGCUGCCCAUGCUCCAGCGGCAGCGCCUGCAGUUCGCAUUCUACGUGGUGGAGCAGGUUGGCACCCAACCCUUUAACCGAGCCAUGCUUUUCAACGUUGGUUUUCAAGAAGCCAUGAAGGACCUGGAGUGGGACUGUCUGAUUUUCCAUGACGUGGACCACAUCCCGGAAAGCGACCGCAACUAUUACGGGUGUGGGCAGAUGCCCAGGCACUUUGCACCUAAACUGGACAAGUACAUGUACCUGCUUCCUUACACGGAGUUCUUUGGCGGAGUGAGCGGCCUCACUGUGGAGCAGUUCCGGAAGAUCAAUGGCUUUCCUAACGCGUUCUGGGGCUGGGGUGGCGAGGAUGACGACCUCUGGAACAGGGUACAGAAUGCGGGCUACUCCGUGAGCCGGCCUGAAGGGGACACGGGGAAGUACAGGUCCAUCCCCCACCACCACCGAGGGGAGGUCCAGUUUCUCGGAAGGUACGCGCUGCUGCGGAAGUCCAAGGAGCGGCAGGGCCUGGACGGGCUCAACAACCUCAACUACUUUGCAAACGUCACGUACGACGCCUUGUAUAAGAACAUCACCGUCAACCUGACCCCCGAGCUGGCCCAGGUGGGAGACUACUGACAGGACCACCGGGGACGCCCAGCCAGCUCCUGGGCCC